AUGUACGUCCGGUUGAGUAUUGCGGUAAUUCUGGUACUGUCAAUGGCGUGGCAAGCGCAGGCCGCCGUCAACUGUACUGCGACGGGGGCCGGUCGCUUUGCUAACCCCGACGACACGACCUGUCAGAACUACACUCUUUGCGUGUACGUCUCAUCAUCUAGUUCCUACCUGUCCUACAACUACGUAUGCCCGAGCACGUCCGUCUUCGAUCCGGACACGAGCAAGUGCACCGAUUCCAGCAACUACGCGUGCAACGUCACCACGGCUUCCAACACGACCUCCAGCUCGAACGCAACCACCUACACAACCAGUAUAACAUCUGCAUGCACCGACGAAGGCUACUUCGCCGAUCCGAGCUCCACUAACUGCUCGACGUACAUAGAAUGCAUCUUGAUAAACGGCACAUACACAUCAACGACCUAUACCUGUCCUGAUGACACUUUAUUCAAUCCAAAUACAACGCUCUGCGAGGCCGAUUACAACUGCACUGACAGCUCGAAUUCAAAUGACACGUUUAGCUGCACAACCGCCGGAAGAUUCGCCAACCCCGAGGACAAUACUUGCCAGACGUACUACCUAUGCGUGCUGGUCAGCAACGGGAGCUACGUGCCAUACGAGUACACCUGCCCAACGUCAUCGGUCUUCAAUCCGAACACGGCGGUGUGCACCGCAUCCAGUAACUACGUGUGCAACGUAACUGCGACUUCAAAUACAACUAAUACAACAUCUGUGUGUACAGCUGAUGGCUACUUCGCCGAUCCGAGCUCCAACAACUGCUCGUCUUACAUAGAAUGUAUAUCAAUCAACGACACAUACACUGAAACGACAUACUCGUGCCCCGACGACACUUUAUUCAAUCCAAACACAACCCUGUGUGAGGAUGAUUAUAACUGUACAGACACUUCAGAUACUACCGACAACGCCACCACCACGUUUAACUGCACCGAGGCUGGCAGAUUCGCCAAUCCAGACGACACAACUUGCCAGACGUAUUACCUGUGCACGCUUCUCAGUAACGGGACCUACGUACAAAAUGAAUACACCUGUCCGACGUCUGCUGUGUUCAACCCGAAUUCGGCGCUGUGCACAGCGUCUAGCAACUACGUCUGCAACGUCACCACCACCUCGAACAGUUCGUCCGUCUGUACAGCAGAUGGCUACGUCGCAGAUCCGAGCUCAACGAACUGUACCGCUUACAUAGAAUGUGUCGAGAUCAAUGGAACGUAUACGGAGACCACGCUAACCUGUCCCGACGACACGUUCUUCGAUCCGAACACAACGCUGUGCGAAUUGGACUAUAACUGCACUAGCUCGGACAACACUACAACUGUUUUCAGCUGCACCGACGCAGGCAGAUUCGCCAAUACUGCUGACACCACUUGUCAGACUUAUUAUUUUUGCGUGAGUCUUAAUAACGGAACCUAUGCGCAAUACGAGUACACUUGUCCUAGCACAUCGGUGUUCAGUCCAACUGCUAAAGUGUGCACAACUUCCUACACUUGCACGACGAGCUCUGGA